AUGGCUAGCAAAAAUAUGGGAUUACAUAUAAGGAAUUCUUCAUCAACUACCCCGUCGAAGGAUUAUUAUCAGAUACUGGGUGUUUCAAGAAACGCAUCGCUAGCUGAAAUAAAGAAAGCUUUUUACAAAAAAUCUAAAAUUUUGCAUCCCGAUAACACUGGAGAUCAGAGUUCUUCAGCAGAUUUUGUGGAGCUGAAGAAAGCAUAUGAUGUUCUGCGCAGGCCAGCAGAUAGAAGAGUGUAUGAUAAUCAGGACCGUAAAACGUAUGAGAACAUGUACAACCCCUAUAGCUAUGGAGCAUAUGAUCAUUCGCGCAGAAGUCCUUUCCAUUCCGAGUCCAUGAAAGAUUCUGGAUUCCAAGAGAAAGUUGAGAAACAAUGGAAAACUAUAUUGAAAUGGAGUUUGCUAGGCGCAGCGAUUGUGACUUUAUACAACAUUGGCUAUGUAGCGCAAAUUAAAUACCGCGAACGACAAAUAGCCCAACUGGAAGAUCACACUGAGAUUGCUAAGUCUUUCCUUCGUCAAUCUGAGUUCCGUGGACAAUUGAGAGAUAAUGAAGAAAUCGCGGAGCUUGGACGUGUAUUAAAAGCAGAUGUUGAUGAAGCAUGGAGAAGAAAAUCUGAAGAACUAGUAGAUCGUAACCGUGAUGAAAUAAGAGAAGAGUACAGAUGGCUCAAAGCCGUACAUGAUUCUGAUCACACAAGAAGAAUCAAAGCCAGGAGAGAAGAAGCUCGAAGAUUAGCUCGCCAGUCAAUCUUUGAGGAUUAG